AUGACAAUCAAUAAACCAAUCCUCACACUAUCUGUACCGAGAUCGACAUCAACAGCGCUCGAGAGGGCGUUUAUACAGCGUACCAAUUGCGUCUGUUUUCAUGAGCCAUUCGGGGAGCCAUACUACUACGGUCCUGAGCGUUUGUCUACGCGCUACACGGACGCACAGCGAGAGCAAUCAGGCCAUGCACACACGACGUACCAGAAUCGCAUCGAUGAGAUCAAAGGGAAGGCUGCUGAGGACCCUACGCGACUGGUCUUCAUCAAGGACAUGGCUAGCUACCUCGUCAAGCCAGAGAUGAUGGCAUUUGCAGGCAUCAACCCGACUGUCCUAUCCGAUGAGCAGCUUGGCGAAUUCAGAUACGCCUUCUUGGUCCGCUCGCCGCGCAAAGCGAUUACGUCGUACUACCGUGCUAUACUCGACAACGACUGCGGCGAUUUUGGCGAUUUUGACCCAGACGAGGCGGGUUUUGCGGAGCUGUUGGCGAUGGUUAAAUACAUCAAGCAUCUCUACAAUGAUUGUCAGAUCGCGCUGAUUGAUAGCGACGACUUGGUCAACGCUCCUGAGGACACUCUCAGAGCGUUUUGUACCUCCCUCGGCAUACCGUUCGAGGAGAACAUGCUCCAUUGGAAGGCACAGCGUAUUGGAGAGUUCGAUAAGUGGAAAGGUUUUCACGAGGACGCGCAGAAUAGCACCGGUUUUAAACCCGUUAAGCGUGAUUCUAUUGAGUUGCCUAAAGAGGUCGAGGACGCUAUCCAGCAUAACGAACCGAUAUAUAACGAGCUCCUCACUUAUGCGCUUAAAUGA